UGGGAAGAGCAGAGCAGCUGAGUUCAAAAGCUGAGAGCAGAGCAAACGAUUGAGAGUAGAGCAAACGGAAAUUCAAAAUUCUCCCGGGAAGAGCAGAGUAGCUGAGUUCAAAAGCAGAGAGCAGAGCAAACGAGACUACCAAAAAUCCAUGGACCAUUUCUUCCACCAUGAGAUGCAGAUGGAGAUGCAGAUGGAAAUGCUCUGGCAUGAGAUUCCAGAAAUCCAGACCCUCCUUCCACGGGUGGCCCCCGAUCCGGCUGUCAUACAGAGCGCCUUUGUCCAAUACACUAGACCAGGUACUGGGUUUUCACUAGAGAAUCUGAAUUUUCCGCUCAACCACCGGAACUCAAAUAGGAGGAUGAUUGAGAUCUUGAGAGCGAUGAGGGCCAUGCCUGUCGAAAAUAGAGAACCCGAGAGCAGUCAGUGCUAUCGGCAUAUGAUCAAUGAACGUCAUAGGAGAGAGAAGAUGAGGCAGAACUAUACGGAUCUGCAUUUGAUGCUGCCGCCUCGAACAAAGAAUGAUAAGAACUCCAUUGUUCAUACAGCAGCUUCACAGCUGCUUAAUCUGCAAGCUCUAAAGGAGGAGCUACUAAAGCGAAACAAAGAACUUCAGGCAAGCUUAGAAAUGAAAACCAAGAAUUCUUCAGAGGUAGCUACGAUUGAAUUACGGGUUGCAGAUCCAUCUUCUGGUAUCGGAUCGAUGAUUGAGAUUAUGAAAUGUUUGAAGAGCAUGGAACUAAAAGUGAGAGCAAUCAGAUCGAAAUCUUUCGGGCAGGAAUUUGAAGUGACAGUGGAAAUUGAGAAAGAGGGUGCAGAGAAUGCUCUGGUUGAAAUGUUGAGAGAAAGCUCGAGCUUGAUUUCGUGGAAGCAACCGACAAUGCAGCAGUUGGGAAUUUGAACUUCUGGAAAGGAGAGGUGGCAUAGGCGAAUUCGUCGCCUUUUUGACGUUGAUGCAGCUCGAAAUUGCUUGGAAGAGGGCCGUUGGUGCGGAGCGCUGAGAAGCUUCCUUUAGAAAGAGCAUUGUGUACGUGUGCCAUAGCGUGCUGUGUAAACUCUGUGGGCCCCACCGUGAUGUAAGUAUUUGAUCCACGCCGUCCAUUCAUUUUUUCAGAUAAUUUUAUGGUAGCCCAAAUUUGAAGCAUAUCCAAAUCUCAAGUGGGCCACUCCAUGGGAAACAGUAGGAAUUGAACACCUAACGUCGAAAGCUUCUUAGGGGCCACAGGAGUUUUGGAUGCCAUUAUCCCAACCGUUUCCUGUGGUGUCGUUCACUUAAGGAUUAGAUAUGCUUUAAUCUUGGACUCGUGCCCUAAAAUGAUCUGGAAAAAUGGUUGGACGGCUUGGAUAAUGACGCAUACAUCACGGUGGGCCCCACAUAGUUUACUCAGCAUGCUAG